CCCAAGCUUGCCAGAGGGUGUCUGCAACUGCACAAAUCUCCGCUCGCUGGCCAUGGCUCACCUUCGUGUCGGGAUGUCUGACCUGGAGCGUGCCGUCCUACCCACAGCUUCUCGUGUACUGAGCUGACCAAACCCUCCCAACGACCCCCGCGUCCCCAGCCGCUUGGCCAGCCCUUCACCAACAUUGCCGCGAAUCGUUAGCUGACACAGCCACAACUGGCGCAGUCGUCAGCAAAGCUUCCCCUCCCCUUGGCACAUGUUUGGAGCUUCGUUUCUUGCACUCUGUAUUUCAUCCUAGUCCUGGACUUAGCAGCAUUGCACGCAAUUGCUGCCCACCUGCACCAUGCAGCGCAUGCAGAGGCUCACCGGGCGGUUCCUCCCCAGGACGCCCAAUGAAGCAGAUAUCGAAGCUAUGCUGCGCGACUUCAAGGAUGCCGAGACCAUGUUGACAAAGCUCGAAGAGUCCUCGAAGCAAUGGCGCGAUGCCUGGACCAACAUCCUCAACCACCAGCUGGCCACUGUCGAGCACCUCUACACCAUCUUCAAGCCAUUGGGCGCUGAGAAGGCCGGGCUGAGCUCACAUGUCGCUGUCGAGACACCCCAGGCGACCUUGGAGCGCGUCGCGGCGCUGCAGGAGGCUUUCUCCGAGCUCAAGACGGACAUGAUGGAGGAAGUCAAGGACAUCGACAGGAAGCUCAUCAUCCCGGCCAAGCUGGCUAAAGACGCUCUGAAGCCUAUGCAUAAGACGAUGAAGAAGCGUGAAGACGCAAAGGUCGACUAUGAGCGCUACAAGAGCCGCUGCGACGCACUGCAGAAGAAGAAGACCCGCUCGGAUCGCGAGAAUGUCGCGCUGACCAAACACGAAGCCGAUCUCGAACGCUCGCAACAGGCUUACUGGAGCGCCGACGAGACCCUCCGCAACUCACUACCGCGCCUCAACGAAGCGACCUUCUCCAUCCUACCCCACCUCCUUGCGAACCAGAUUGUGCUACAGAACAACCUGAUUGGCAACCUGUACACCGUACUACACCAAUAUUCACAUGAGCAAGGGUACCCAGACCCACCGCCAGAGCCAGAGGAGGUCAUACCCGACUGGGAGGGAGCCUUCACGCCCCUACGCAAGGAGCUGGAGACAGAAUUCACACUCAUACGAACGGGCAAGGCGGUCCAUCAGCCUAUGCGCCUGCCUGACAAGGGUGAUACCUUGACCGGUUUGGGCAUUAGGAACAAGGUUCUGCCUGGUCGACGAGCAAGCAGCAACGAUAGUGUACCCACCGUCUCUGGCGGCAGAGCAUCGAGACCCUCGACAACGCUGACUUCGCCUGACGAAGACGGCCCACCUCCGCCCUCGUACAACCUGGCGACCAAGCCUUCGAUUCAAUCCCUCAACGCGUCGAAACCCAAGCCAUCGAGCUCGCCAAUGCUCACACCUUCCAACGGCGACCACUACGGGCGACGUGCUUCGUCGACUUCCUAUGCAUCAUCGUACUCCAACGGCACGACCCCAGGUGCAGAGAACGGCACUGGCGGGCGCGACUACUUUGGAAAGAUCCCAUCACGCACAUCGAACGCUUCUACACCAGCAUACACGCCAGCUGGCCUUUCACCGAACCCUGCAGCAGGCAAGAAGAAGCCACCGCCGCCACCACCGCCAAAGAAGAUUGCGUCGUUUCAGGCUCAAUACGUCACAGCCAUGUACGACUUUGACAGCCACACGGCAGGCGACUUGUCAUUCAGGGAAGGCGACCGCAUCCGCGUGAUCAAGAAGACAGACAGCUCGCAGGAUUGGUGGGAGGGAGAGGUCAACGGGCAGAAGGGCAGCUUUCCAGCAAACUAUUGCAAGUAAGGGCUGGAACAUGGCGAUAUGAUAUCCAAAACUGCAUUAGAGGAGGCGUUUGGAGUUUUACUCAUCAAUGCAUGAUUCUUGAAGAA